AUGGUGGAUUCAAAAUAUGCGUGGCUCCCAUCCAACCUCCAGCCCGAUGAUGCAAAUCCGGAUUGGAUGAACAAAGGUGACAAUGCAUGGCAGCUCACAGCCGCGACGCUCGUGGGCCUCCAAAGCGUACCCGGGCUAGUCAUUUUGUACGGUAGCAUCGUCAAGAAAAAAUGGGCAGUGAAUUCGGCCUUCAUGGCUCUUUACGCCUUUGCUGCGGUCUUGGUUUGUUGGGUCGGAUGGGGAUACCACCUGUCGUUUGGACACACAUUCUUGCCUUUUCUUGGAAAAAUUGAUGAUGCAUUGGAUCAACAUGAUCUCUUAAAACAAGCAUUUGCUGGGAAGUUUCCUACUGCAACAAUGGUGUAUUUUCAGUUUGUUUUUGCAGCCAUAACUUUGAUAUUGAUAGCUGGGGCUUUGCUUGGGAGAAUGAAUUUUAUUGCAUGGAUGUUGUUUGUACCACUCUGGCUUACAUUUUCUUACACUGUUGGUGCCUAUAGCAUAUGGUGCCCUACUGGAUGGUUGUCCAUGAAGGGACUUAUCGACUACUCGGGCGGAUAUGUCAUUCACCUCUCCUCGGGAGUGGCCGGUUUCACUGCAGCUUUUUGGGUUGGACCAAGGGCGACGAAGGAUAGGGAAAGGUUUCCGCCGAACAACAUUUUAUUGAUGCUUGCAGGGGCAGGGAUACUGUGGAUGGGAUGGACAGGAUUCAACGGCGGAGAUCCAUAUGUUGCAAGCAUUGAUGCAUCACUGGCCGUUCUUAAUACCCAUAUAUGUGCUGCUACAAGCUUGCUAACUUGGCUCCUACUGGACAUUCUUUUCUUUGAAAAACCGUCUGUUAUUGGUGCCACUCAGGGGAUGAUCACUGGUCUAGUUUGCAUUACCCCAGCCGCAGGAGUGGUUCAAGGAUGGGCAGCCAUAAUAAUGGGAGUGAUGUCCGGUUGCAUUCCCUGGUUCACCAUGAUGGUUCUCCACAAGAAAAUCUGGCUACUAAAACAAGUCGAUGACACCAUGGCCGUCUUCCAUACCCACGCUGUGGCUGGCAGCCUCGGUGGCAUCCUUACCGGUUUUUUCGCCAACCCGAAACUCAGCAGGCUAUUCUAUUUGGUUCCUAACUGGGAACGCUAUAUUGGCCUUGCCUAUGGCUUUCAUGAUGGCAGGGUCAAGGCAGGGUUUAAGCAGAUGGGAAUUCAACUUCUAGGAAUUGUGUUUAUUGUUGGACUUAAUGUUGUUGUCACAAGUUUGAUUUGUCUGUUGAUUGGACUUGUUGUUCCAUUAAGAAUGUCCGAAGAGGAGCUCAUUGGCGGUGAUGAUGCUGUACACGGGGAGGAAGCAUAUGCAUUGUGGGGAGACGGCGAAAAAUUUGAGAGAUCUGUUCUUAAUUCAGUGUACGGCGUCGAAGAUCCCAAGAACAAGAAUGGGGACGUUUAA